UAAAAAAACAUGUCUUUCUUAUUGGACACAAGAACUUCCCCAUCAACCCAUGUUUUAUGUCCUGCAAUGGAGCUAAAGGAUGGGAAGGAGACCCUCGUAUUUGAUUCCUCCUUGCUUCAAAAGCAACCAAACUUGCCAAAAGAGUUCAUUUGGCCACACAAAGACCUUGUUCGCACCCAAGAAGACCUCAAAGAGCCACUCAUAGACUUGUCAGGCUUCCUAAAAGGCAAUGAAGAAGCAACUUCCCGAGCAGCUGAGCUCAUCAGGACUGCCUGCACCAACCAUGGCUUUUUCCAGGUCAUCAACCAUGGAGUCGACCCAGGCCUCAUAAGCGCCGCCCACAAUGAGAUUGACUCGAUUUUCAAGCUCCCCAUAAGCAAGAAGCUCGGCAUGAAGAGGAGGCCCGGUGGAGUGUUUGGUUACGCCGGUGCUCAUGCGGAUCGGUACUCAUCCAAGUUGCCAUGGAAGGAGACUUUCUCUUUUGAGUUUCGCAAGAACGAGAGCUCUGAGCUUUUGGUGGUUGAUUACUUCAAAUCUGUCUUGGGCGAUGAUUUUGAACAUACAGGAUGGGUGUACCAGAAGUAUUGUGAAGCGAUGAAGGAGCUAGCACUGGUGAUCAUGGAGUUACUGGCGAUAAGCUUGGGGAUCGACCGCAUGCACUACAGGGACUUCUUCGAGGACGGGAGCUCAAUAAUGAGGUGCAAUUCGUACCCGCCGUGCCUGAACCACGGGCUCGCGAUGGGCACGGGUCCUCACACCGACCCGACAUCCUUGACCAUCCUCCACCAGGACCAAGUCGGUGGCCUCCAAGUCUUUGCCAGCAACAAGUGGCAAGCCAUCACGCCUCGUCAAGACGCACUCGUCAUCAACAUUGGAGACACUUUCAUGGCAUUAACGAAUGGGAUGUACAAGAGCUGCUUGCACAGGGCGGUGGUGAACAGGGAGAGGGAGAGGAAGUCACUGGUGUUCUUCGUGUGCCCGAGAGAGGACCGGAUUGUGAGACCCCCACCAGAUCUUCUUGGGACCGACAAGGAAGUGCCAAGGAAUUACCCGGACUUCACAUGGUCCGACCUCUUUGAGUUCACGCAGACCCACUAUCGCAGUGACGUCGCUACCUUCCAAAACUUCAUCCACUGGUUCCUAUCUCCCAAAGCCUAAAUGUCUCUCUAGUUUUGGGCGUGCAUGGACUUUGGAUGCUGUGGAUCAUCAUAUGGUUUGUCUUAUAUGUGUCAUCACUUUGUCCCAUCUCUCGUCUUUAUAGAUCCCCCCCAAUCCCCCAUAUUUUGGAUCAUUUGGGCGGUUAUAUCAUUGUGUGUACGUGUCGGACUCUCUCAGCUUUCUUGCCACAUUAUUAUAUAGUGGUGUUUUUUCUAGGGCUUGUGUGUAAUGUUUUGUUUGCCGGCCUGAUUAAGAUCGCACAAACGCUUCAGGAGUGUAUAACAUCUUUCUCGACGGGCAAGUAAAAGAAGAGAAAGUGAAAGGAAAAAAUGAAGGGGUUUUUUUAA